CUGCUGACGUUGAACGAGUUUGAACAUUUUUCUGUUUUGGUCGCUAAACAAACGCGCUCUCCACGAGUACGCGGUAAACGUCGGUCGGAAGUUAAGCUUUAAGCCAAAAUACCGGUUUUGUGUUUUUUCGGUUCAGUUUAGGGCAAACAGAUCAUCCGCAACAUUCUGGCGAAAAUGUCCGUCAACUUGCGUUCGGUGUUUGCAUUCGCCAAGGAGUACCACCAGAAGAAGGAAUCGCAGAAGGAUAUCCAGUAUGGAACGGCCGGAUUCCGAUCGCAUGCUGAUAACCUGGACUACGUUAUGUAUCGAAUGGGCUUGCUGGCGGCGCUACGGUCGCGGGCGAAAGCGAGCCAAGCGAUCGGUGUCAUGAUAACGGCUUCCCACAAUCCGGAGCACGAUAAUGGGGUGAAAUUGAUCGACCCGCUCGGCGAAAUGUUGGAGCAGCGGUGGGAGCAGCUGGCCACCGAUCUGGUCAACGUACCCGACAGCGGGCUGGAGGCGCAGGUGGCGAAAAUCUGCGAGGACGAGCAAAUCGACAAUAACGAACCGGCGAAGGUGUUUGUCGGUAUGGACACGCGCUACCACAGCCCGCAGCUAUCGCGUGCCGUCGUGAACGGUAUACUGGCGCUGAAGGGGACGGUCACCGAGUUUGGCAUCGUGACGACACCGAUGUUGCACUAUUUCGUAACCUGCACCAACACGCAGAACGCGUACGGGCUGCCCACGGAGGAAGGCUACAUGGGCAAGCUGAUAGCGGCGUUCAAGGCGCUGCGCGGGGAGCAGGCUGAGCCGGGCAACUAUCGCAACCAGCUGUACUACGACGGUGCGAACGGUGUCGGGUCGCUGAAGAUGCUCGGUUUCAUCAAAAAGCUGAACGGCGCACUGAACGUGAAGGUGUUUAACAGCAAUGGAAAGAUUAACUUCAAAUGUGGAGCCGAUUUCGUGAAAACGAACCAUCGCGUGCCGGAGGGACUGCCCGAGGAGGCAGCACUGGCCAGUGGUCGCUGCUGCUCGGUGGACGGUGACGCUGACCGUGUGGUGUACUACUUCACGGAUAAGGAGGGAACGUUCCGUCUGCUGGAUGGCGACCGGAUAGCGACCCUGCUGGCGGGCUAUUUGAAGGACCUGAUCGAGCAGUGUGGCGUCCAGCUGGAGAUGGGUCUGGUGCAGACGGCGUAUGCGAACGGAGCGUCGACGGAUUACAUCGUCAAUCGUAUGAAGAUCCCGGUCAGCUGCACACGCACCGGCGUCAAGCAUUUGCACCACAAGGCGCUCGAGUAUGACGUUGGCGUGUACUUUGAGGCAAACGGGCACGGUACGAUCAUUUACAGCGAGAAGGCCAAGCAGGCGAUACGGGCGGCGAGCCAGGAUGAGAGCCGCACCGAGGAGCAGCGCAAAACGGCGGCCAGACUGUUGCAAAUGAUCGACCUAACGAACGAAACGGUGGGCGAUGCCAUCUCCGAUAUGCUGCUGGUCGAGACGGUGCUUCACGCGAAGGGCUGGAACCUGGACGACUGGCUGGCGAGCUACACCGACUUACCGAAUGUGCUGGAGAAAGUGUACCUUGCCGAUCGGAACGUGAUCACCGUCACGGAUGCCGAUCGGGUCGUGGUUGCGCCGGCGGGACUGCAGGAUUCGAUCAACGAAAUCGUAGCCAAGUUCCCGAAAGGUCGUUCCUUUGUGCGGCCCUCUGGAACGGAGGACAUUGUGCGGGUGUAUGCCGAGGCCGAUACGCGAGCGAAUGCCGUUCAGCUUGCCUUCGAGGUGGCGAAUUUGGUGUUCGAUCAGGCCGGAGGGGUUGGUUCGCGCCCGGUCAAGAUGGAAGACUAAAAACGAAGCUCCGCGCUUCACAAUCAAUCGAUAUCGAAUCAAAAGCUGUGCUACCUUCAACUGCCACCACCACCACACAAGACAUGUUUACUGCGCACCGUUAACUGCGACUUUUAACUGCUGACGCGUUGUUUGAAUAGCUUGUAAGAACUACGCAAUCGAAGCGAUGAGAGAUUAUUUUUUUGUUUAACAUCACGUGAAAAGUAAAAAUUAGGGCAAAUAUUAUACGAUCAAUGCAGAAUCUGAUUUCACAACUAUUAUUAUGCAGAAUGCGAAGAAAAAUAUAUUCUUUUAAAUUUGAAA